CCCUAGAAAAUUCUCUAAUUCUAUAUAAGCCCAUGGGGUUCCACCUCAAAACCAAUUGGCAAUGACAGGAGUAGCCCAUAUACUUAUAUUUUGAUAUCAACUCUCUCCAACCACCGAUGUGGGAUACUCAACAAAUUCCACUUCUCACCUCAUCAUAUUUUUCUUCUUUCUUCGUACUUGGUAGCUAGCCACCCCGCCGACACCACCCACACUCAGUUCCACAAUCCAUCAAUCCCCUCAUCUCCAUUCUCCAUUCACCAUCUCCAAUUCUUGAUCGUUCCUCUGCCGUCAUCACUCGCCCAAAAAAGACCACGGUUGGAGAGGAAUUAACCUACAAUCAGGCUCUUUUUCAAUGUUAUUCGCUGCCACGUGCCAGCGCCGGAGUUGAGACCAGAAGAAAAGAAGGAGAGGAGAAACGAUGCCGUGAAAAUGAGGAAGAAAGUAGAGAAGGAGGAGCAAAUCGGAGUCCAAAGGUUGACGGGGUCCUUCACUCUCUCGAACUCCCUCCUCUUUGAAUCUGAAUUUUUGGAGGUUGAGGAAUCUUAGAAUUGUUGGAUUUGUUUGUGGGCUUUCUGAAAUUAUUUUUUUAAUUUUCAGAUUAGUAUUUUCGGAUGUUUGAAUCUCAGAUUCAAUUUUUCAUCCUUUCUUGUUGAAUCGACAUGGAUGUUUGUGUGAAUCUGGGAGGGAUGAAUGUUGAAUGUGGUAUUGGAGUGGACUUUUUGGCAAUCAUCUCAGAGUAGUUUCAACCUUUCGUUAGAAUUUUUUGACUCUGGCCAGAAGGUCAGUUUCCACGAAUGGCUGAAUGAUUGGAUCAUUGCAGCACCAGAUGAUGACCAGCUGCAAAUUUCCUUCUACCUGAUCUUGGCAAUCUGGUUGACAAGGAAUAAGGUUGUAUGGGAAAAUCAACUCAAAGACCCAUACCAAGUACAAAAAUGGGCCAUGGAGGAGUUAAGGUACUUCUGUAGUAUUACAACAAGAUGCACAGGAUCUUCGAAAGACAAGGAUCAAGCGCUCUCCCUUUAUAACAUCAGGAGUCCACAACAACUUCCGGAUACAGCGGCAAUAAUAAGAAUCGAUGGGGCAUAUAUUGAGAAAAGAAGGUUAGGUGCAGCAGAAUGGGAAGUUUCCUCAGCAUCAAGGGAGCUAAUAGUGUCUAAUGCAACUCGAAUGCAAGCUUUUUCUGCUCCUCAGCAUCAAGGGAGCCAAUAGUGUCUAAUGCAACUCGAAUGCAAGCUUUUUCUGCUCUUCACACAGAGACCAUGGCAUGUCUACGGGGCAUUCAAUCCGUGCUACAACUGGGAUUAGAUGAGUUUGUAGUACAAACAGAUAAUACCAAUUUAGCAGAUCCAAAUCACAGCCUUCCUCAGCCACUCAUAAAAUUAGGAAAAGACAUCCAGAGAUUAAUUUGCCCUGAACAGUAGGUCUAUCCAAAAAGUAAGAAGGG